GCCGGUCGACAGGGUCGACAGAUCGCGCUGGCGUUACCGGCUGAAUGAACGCACGGUUCGCCGCGAUUCGACGUAACGCGCGCGCCGGCUACGCCUGUCACGCGACGUGGAUUCGCUGGUGAUUCGAACCUGCCGGCCGAAUCUACCGCGGUAGGUUGUCGCGGCGAAGAGCACUUGAUUAGUGGGAGAUACCGCCAUUGCCGAUCGCACUUGCGCCGCGUUCUCUUUCGCACGCGAUGCGAGACGCGCUGCCGUUUCAACGUUCAACGCUGUGCUGCGUGCAGCUCUCUCGCGAAGAAACUUCAUGUCGAGCUCUGUGAGUGGGCACCGACACGAGAUACUAUAGAGACUGUUGGCCUUUGUUCGUUGGUCUUCGUCGUCGUCGUUGUCGUAAAAAUUUUUCUGCGACACCCUGUGUAUAAACAGGGUGUCUCCUAGCAAUUGUCGCAGAGCUCGUGGAGACAGAGCGGAUUGAGCGAUCGGGCUGUCAAUCUCGGAGUGAGUUUCAACUCGUGGGCGGCCGGGGUUGUCGAGGAUAAUCUCGAGAUCUUGUAUGAGUUACAUCGAGCGUUCACGUUCCAGCGAAGUGUGUAAGUUUGGAAUUACAAGUUUUGCACUACGGAAGUUGUUUUGGGAGAAAUCCGAGGAUACUGGUCGACUUUUUCUCGAUACAGAUUUCGAUACUUGCUGCUUUGAAGCCUCCGCGGUAAUCGAUAUGAAUUUGAAUCGCCAAGGGAAACAGUGAAUUAAAAUCGAAUGAAAGUGGUAGCUUUGUGCUUUCAAAUCACGUGAAUAUGUUUUUGUUCGAUGGGCAAUAUAAGUCUGUUUUCCCUUUCGAGGGAUCUCUGAACUGGCGCGAUAAGUUGGAGUUGGAAACAGGUAUACUUUUGCUCAAUCUAGUUUAUAUGUUGCACUAGUUUCAAAGCUGUUCAAAAAAGAACAGGAGAUCGCACCCAAGGUGCGCAUCUCCGAUAGAUAAUCGCGGGACAUCGAUAUCGCGGAUUAUCGAACAUCGAUCUGACAUGAGUGCGGAUCCUUUAUCGCGAUUACCGCACAUGCGCGAGUGUCAAAAUAUACACGGGACCGCGUGUGGGUUUCGCGACGCAGCAGACGAAGUCACGGUGACGUCCCGUGUAGCUUCGCGUAGCGUACCUUUUCGGCAUGGAACGAUCUGCAUGUACGACGCAGUAGAACGCGUCGAGUGCUGCAGGUAGCGCGCGUCUUCGGCGCGCCGAGUGACGACACCGGCGACGGCGUCGACGACGGUGGAUUCGAGUCACUGGGACAACGGGAUAAUGGCAGCGAAGAUGCAGCACUGCGAGCCACCCAGUUCGGCGAGUUCCGAGAGUGACGACGCCGAAGUGUGUUUGGAUGACCGAGAAAUCUGCCUCGUGGACGAGCUGUGCGAAGAUGCCGAGCAUCACAGGCGUUCCGACGUCGGCACUCCGACUCCGCAAUCACCGCGGCCACCAUCCGCCACAGGGUCACAGAAGUCACCACGGUCACGUAGACAACGUACCACUAGUAUGUCGCAAUCGAGCAAGAAGACAUCAGCGGAAUCGAUUCUCAGGAGUAAAACACGGACUAUCUAUACGGCCGGCAGACCACCUUGGUACAAUUCAGCUGGUCAACAAGUGGAACCUUUUGUCAUUGGUAUUUGUGGUGGCAGUGCUUCCGGCAAAACGACAGUCGCGACUAAAAUUAUAGAGUCUCUGAAUGUUCCAUGGGUUACUCUUUUGAGCAUGGACUCGUUUUAUAAGGUGUUGAACGAAAAGCAGCACGAUAUGGCUGCGCGCAACGAGUACAACUUCGAUCAUCCUGACGCUUUCGACUUCGAGCUUCUCAAAAUUACAUUACAGCGUCUGAAAGAAGGACGAAUGGUGGAAGUUCCUAUUUAUAACUUCGUAACGCAUAGCAGGGAGAGCAGAACGAAAACUAUGUAUGGUGCCAACGUCAUUAUAUUCGAGGGUAUACUGACCUUCUACAAUGUGGAUGUGUUGAGGAUGUGUGACAUGAAGGUUUUCGUCGAUACCGACGCGGACAUCAGACUCGCCAGACGCUUAAAGAGGGAUAUUUCGCAAAGAGGGAGGGAUCUAGAGGGUGUAUUAAAACAGUAUAGCACCAUGGUCCAACCAUCGUUUUACUAUUAUAUUGCUCCCCUUAUGGUCCAUGCCGAUAUUAUUGUACCGCGCGGAGGCGAGAACGAAGUGGCGAUAGAGCUCAUCGUGCAACAUGUUCACACUCAGCUUCAGUUGAGGGGCUUUAAAUUGAGGCAGAAACUGGCGCACUCGUACAUCGGUCAACCAUUGCCCUCGUCGCUCUACUUACUUCCCGACACACCACAGAUAAAAGGUCUUCACACGUUUAUACGCAACAAGGAGACGUAUCGAGAUGAAUUUAUUUUUUAUUCCAAACGAUUAAUCCGUCUGGUCAUCGAGUAUGCUUUAUCCUUGCUGCCAUUUGAGGAAGUCACGAUAGAGACACCUCAAGGGGUAUUAUACAAUGGCAAACGAGGUGCGACGGAUAAAAUAUGCGGCGUAUCGAUAUUACGUGCCGGCGAGACCAUGGAGCAAGCCGUUCGAGAUGUAUGCAAGGAUAUUCGAAUAGGCAAAAUUCUCAUUCAGACUAAUCAACAGACUGGCGAGCCUGAGUUAUACUACCUCCGAUUACCAAAGGACAUUAAGGACUACAAAGUGAUUUUGAUGGACGCGACAGUCGCCACCGGUGCAGCUGCCAUCAUGGCGAUCAGGGUAUUGCUGGAUCACGACGUGGCCGAAGAGAACGUGCUGCUGGUGUCGCUGCUGAUGGCGGAGUCUGGCGUGCACUCUAUCGCAUAUGCCUUCCCACGCGUGAAGAUCGUCACGUCUGCGCUGGAUCCCGAGAUAAACGAGAAGUUUUACGUAUUACCCGGCAUCGGGAACUUUGGCGACAGAUACUUCGGUACUGAGCCCUCCUCCAUUGAUGACUGAGCUGCGGUUCUUAGAUCCCUCCGUUUAAGUCGCAUGUUUGAUAAUAGUACGUAAAUUGAUACGAACGCGAAAACAAAUUGUCUGUCGAAUCUUGAAUAAAAAGGUACAAGAUUAUUAUUAUUAA